GCGAAAUUUAUGUGAACCAGUAGGUCUUGACUCGAUCUACAGCGUGCAAGUCCGUGACUUUGCUUCGUCGAUAGGGAGAGGAACAUGACGACUGAAGUCACUGGACCCGACACAAUCAUGGCGGACGGACUUUCCCGACAGGCGACAACACCGAAGAAUAGCCCACUAAAAACAGCGACGGGAAAACCAAGUCCAGGCCUAUUUAUGAGGCUUCAGGCCCCGGCUUCCAGUCCCUGGAUCUCCAUCCUCCCCCGCGCCGGGCCCCAAAAACCCCGACUCCCACCAACUCCGACUCCAGUCGAGGGUGGGGACCGCUUGAUGGUAACCGCGAGUCCGCGAGUCUUUGAAUCUCUGGAUCCCUCCAGUCGUGUGUUUUAACAAGUCAUAUCUCCGGGCGCUUUCACCUGUCCUUCAAUCGCACUGUCCGCAUUUCCUCCUGUCCAGCAUUUCAGCGAGCAUCCAUCAUGGCCUCCCUAUUGAGAGGUUCAGCGUUCAUCACGGGCGCCGCAAGCGGCAUUGGCCAAUAUACCGCCAUGGCGUUCGCGCGCCACGGUGUCACCAAGCUCGCCAUUGCCGACAUCAACGCCUCCAACCUCGAGGCAGCGCGCGCCACCCUCGCCUCCACCUUCCCCCAGGUCCAGAUCCUGCCGCUACACAUGGAUGUCAGGAACAAGGUCCACGUGAACGAGGGCAUCGCGCAGGUCGCCAAGGACUUUGGCCGCCUCGACAUUGCCGUCAAUAAUGCCGGCAUCAACGGUAGCGGUCGUCUGACGCACGAGACGGAAGACGAGGAGAUUGAGCGUGUCCUCGACGUCAACCUGCACGGCGUCUACCGCUGCCAAAAGGCAGAACUCGCCGUCAUGGUGAAGCAGGAUGAUCUGGGCCCGCGCGACGGGCGAGGGCGCAUCAUCAACAUCGCGUCCAUGUACGGCCUCGUCGCGCCCAACGCGCGCCUCUCGCAUACGUCUUACACGACGGCCAAGCACGGCGUCGUCGGUCUCACGAGGGGUGACGCGAACGCAUACGCCGACUACAACAUCCGUAUCAACGCCAUUGCGCCGGGAUACAUUGAGACGCCGCUCGUGGAAGCGGCCAUGGCCAUGGGUGCGGGGAGUCCCCUGCUCGAUGACCUAGCCCGGGCGCCAAUGCGGCGGAUUGGGUCCAUGGAGGAGAUUGCAGACAGCAUCGUCUGCCUCGCGUCACGCAUGAACAGUUACCAGACGGGGGCGGUGACGGUGGUAGAUGGUGGCUUCACAUCGAAUUAAGGGGAGACAGACCCGAGGGGGGUUGUUCAAGUCCUAAUCAAAGCUAAAGAAAUCCAAAUCCUGAUUCCGGU